UAUCAACCAAGUGUCAAUAAUAUAAAUAAGUGGUGCCAUCUGCGUAAUUUUUACAUACUUUAUUCGUGCAUUCAUACAGAUCAGAGAAAAAUAUUUAUAUUCCCGGCGAAAAUAAUUAUAUACGAUUACUACGUGCACAUUACAAUUAAGGUAAUAGCCAUGACGAUGUUACUUAAUUAGCUUUAAUUAGUAUCUCUAUUUUUUUUUAUAUAAGAGAAAAAUAAGAGGAAUCCAACAAAAAAUUGCAACUGUUAUUCUUACUGGAACAUUGAGGAAAAAUGUAUUUCUAAUUCGAGUUUCAUCCGUUUCAGACGUUGCGGAAUAAUAUUUCAUUAUUCUUAAUUUAUUCAGGAAAAAUUUAAGAUGCAAAGGCAACAGCCCUGGAGCAAGCUCGAACGCGCCAAUUUAUGUUAGAGAAGCGAUGAUAACCCGUGGCGAGGACGGCCGGGAACGAUCAUACGAGGCCGUAGUAGGGGAACGGCGUGGCCAACGCCAUCUGACGUACAGUCGGCAGUCGCAGCAGUGAGCGCGCAGGAGGUGGUCCGUUCGCCAUAUUUGUUGUUGUCGUCGAUGGGGUAGGCUAGCCUGAAGUUUUUCCGACUGGCUGGCACUAUCGGCUAACUCGUGCGGCGAUCUUGCGACGUGCGCGAAGUUAACGCGAGCGUGCGGACUCGCGGUCGCGACCGGGCGCGAGCGAAUCACCGCGCGGGGAUUCAGGCUCACACAGUGCGUGGCAAUGUCUCCGACAUAACAGAGAAACAUCGAUGAGACACUUGACGGCUCAGCUGUCUUAUUCCGUACCCGAGUGCGUCGCCGUGUUUGUACAUGUUCAUGCAUCACUGUUCGCUCCGUGCUACGCUAGUUACGUGCAGUCCGCUCGAUGGUGCUCGUGGUCGAGGAUGCACCAAUAAGCGGCGUGUGAGGGUGUGAGGUGCACCGUUGGUUGACGGACAUCGGACAGAUUCGUACGGGGCUGAAAGAUCUUCCGCUGGUGCACGGUGGUGGAGUCUGCGCCGCUACGCGAUCGUGCGGGCGAGACGACGCGGCGUGGCAGAGACGGUGGCAGCCGGUGAUCGUUUUGGACGCGCUCGUAGUAUUGCGUGUGCUGAUUCGCACGGCAAUUAAAACUGGCGGGCAACCUGGCUCGGUCCUCUGGCAGCGGCGGCGGAGGCGGCGGCGGAGGGCGAACCGGUAGGAUCGGCGGAAGUAGUAGUGGCGGCGGCAACGGUGGCGGCAAUAACAGCGGCAGCGGUGGCGGCGGCGGCGGCGGCGGCAGCGGCGGCGGCGGCGGCGGCGGCGGAGGCGCGAAUUCUAGGGGUGCGAGGGCGACCGGGGCCGCCGCCGAACCUGGUAUCGCCCCGGACGAGGCCCCUGGACCCGGCGGACACUUAAUCGAAUGGGAAGAAACUGAUCGUUACUCCUUCGAUGAUUCUGAUCGCUUCGAAGAAGAUUCUCUGUGUAGCUUCAGCAGCGAGCCGGAGUCACUAUGCAACAAUUGGCGUGGAUGGAGACGACCACCGGCUGCGUUCGGCAUCUCCAAGAAAUCCUGCGAGGAUGGGCAGCAAAUGGUGCCAACCCUCUGCGAGCUCGCGGCACGAUGUGUCGCGUCUCAUAUCCCCUUCGAAUUGGUGGAACACUUCUAUCCGCCCGUGCCGGAGCAGCUACAGCUGAGAAUAGCUUUUUGGAGCUUUCCAGAUAAUGAGGAGGACAUACGACUUUACUCGUGCCUCGCAAACGGUAGUGCUGAUGAAUUUGUCCGUGGCGAACACCUCUAUCGCGCCAAGACCGUCAAGGAGCCUCUGCAAAUCGGAUUUCAUCUGAGCGCCAGUGUAAACCCGCAAACGAACGGCGUCAGAGCACAGUUCAACGUUGCCGUAACCUUUGACCGUCGCAAAAUCACAUCAUGUAACUGCACUUGCUCUUCGACGGCUUAUUGGUGCGCACAUGUAGUGGCCGUUUGCCUACACAGGAUACACAUGCCAACGCAAGUAUGCCUGAGAGCGCCGGUUAGUGAAUCCCUGUCGCGAUUGCACCGCGAGCAACUGCAAAAGUUCGCUCAAUACCUCAUCAGUGAAUUGCCGCAACAGAUCUUGCCCACUGCUCAGCGACUCCUGGACGAGCUGCUCUCAACUCAACCGAGUACCAUCAAUUCUUACUGCGGUGCUCCGGAUCCGACCGCUGGAGCUUCCGCUCACGAUCAGACUUCUUGGUACUUAGAUGAGAAGACGUUGCAUGACAACAUCAAGAAGAUCCUUAUCAAGUUCUGCGUUCCGGCGCCCAUAGUCUUUAGCGAUGUUAAUUACCUGAGCACCACCGCGCCUCCGGCCGCCUCUGAAUGGGCGUCGCUGCUGCGACCGUUGAGAGGUCGCGAGCCGGAGGGUAUGUGGAAUCUCCUCUCCAUCGUGCGCGAGAUGUUCAAGAGGAACGACCGCAAUGCCAUACCCCUGCUGGAGAUCAUCACGGAGGAGUGUAUGGCGUGCGAACAGAUCCUCGUCUGGUGGUUCAAUACCAAGGUCGCGUUACUCAAUGGCACCGGAUACGGCAGCAAGCACAACAUGAACAGCAACGUUCACGCCUCGCAGCACGCGUGCUCGUCUCUGUGCGACGAGAUCGUCGUUCUCUGGCGACUGGCCGCGCUCAACCCCGGCCUCUCGCCGUCUGAGCGCGAGAUGUUGCACGCUCAAUUUAUAGCUUGGCACUUAAAGAUCAUAGACAAGGUCGCCAAAUUCCGUGGCAGCUCUGUAUCGCACAACUCGCACAACAGAAGUAACAGUUCGCAAAAGGAUUCCUUGAAACAUGAUCUCGCAGUCUUUACAGGAUUCAAAUCGGCGCUCGAGGCUUGUUAUCUUGAUUGGGACGAAUACGUUUUGCCGGGGAUCACGUAUACCGCUGAAAACAAUCCUAUGUACCAUUGUCCCUUUACGUGCUUUCGGCAUGCCGGCGACACGAGAACGGAGGUUAAUCAGGUAAAUUCGAGUUCGGCGGUGCUGAAUUAUCAGCCGCCCAUCUCGCAUCAUCACGGUCGACGGCCGUUGAACGUCAGCCUCGUCGAGUUCAGUUAUUUGGACAGACGGCGGCUGAAUCCGCGCGAAUUCCCACUGUGUUCGAGAAGCGGCGGCGGCGACGGAAAUCGCAGUAGCGUCAGCUCCGAAGGUUUCUGCGAGAACGACACCGACAUUCCGGAUAUAUCUGAGUCUCAGGUUGUUCUGAGGCAAGGUUGUGCUCAACUAAAUAAUUGCGGCGAUACAGAUUCGCAGGAAGGGGCCGGUAGUGAGUCAUCUUCCAACAGUAACGUAAGCAUGAAGAACGCUCAAGGUUCGGACAAGCAUCGCUCAAAUGCGUCGUCCGAGACACAUAGUGAUACUAGUGAUAGUAGUAAUAAUAAAGCUGCCUGCGAGAACGCAAAGUGUAGCAGGACAAAAACCGCGGAGUGUCGUGACAAAUCGCACGCGGUUGUGCCGAAAGGCGCAAAGAACGAACAUGAAUCCGAUCAGGAAAAGGAAGCCGGGAGGCCGUUCAAGGACGAGAGCUCCUCGUCUAGUAGUGACAUUCCAUCCGGUGACGAAUAUAACGUUUAUUAUUACGACCCGAAGACUGUGACGAACAAUAGCGGCCUGUCGAGUAAAUAUGUUAAAAGCAAUACGCAUGCCGCCAGCACUCCGGACGCCAGUAUAGUUCUGAAUAACUUGAAGAAGACGGAAGACCCAUGGGACAUUCUGUUCGCGCGGGCGGAGGGGCUUUACGCUCACGGCCACACGAAAGAAGCCUGUAUCAUCGGAGUACAGUUGGCCGAGGAACUCUUGGCUAAUCCUCCUGAUCUUAUAAUUGAGGGCCCGCUAUUACCGGUGAAAAAUAAACGGAAAAGGCAACACGUGAAUCCAGCGUCUCAUCAAGUGACGUGUCUCGCAUCGGCGACUUUAGCAAAGUGCGGAUUUCUGUGCACGGUACUUGCUGAAAAUCCGGAAUAUCACAAUUUGGCGUUUCGCGUGGGUCUGUUUGGUUUAGAGAUGGCCAGACCACCGGCCAAUACAAAACCUUUAGAGGUCAAGCUUGCUCAUCAGGAAAGCGAAUUAGUAGGAUUACUGAAGAGAAUUCCUUUGGGACCGACAGAAUUAGCUAUGAUAAAACAAAGAGCUGAACAACUGAGAGACGGAGUUAUGAGAUCGAGAGGACAUGCGCUCUUGCCCAUCAUGUUAGCCAGCUUCAUAUAUGACGCACUUGAUGUACCAAGAGUGAAAUUGCCGGCGGAAAUUGAUCCGAAUCUCGGAUUUGACGCCGCUGUGGCUGUUUUGGGAUUAAAAGCCAAUGUGAGCGAGGCAGAUCAUCCUCUUCUAUGCGAAGGAACUCGCAGGCAGAGAGGAGAAUUGGCUAUUACUUUGCUCGUGCAUUACAAAGACGAUCCUACGAAAUUGGCUAGAAUCAUGGAAAAGUUAUUGGAUCGGGAUGUUCAUCAACUCAACAAAUCAAACUCACCUAUCCUCAGCAGUUAUUACACUUCAAAUCCUCCUACGAAGAGUGAAAUGGCACGAUUUGUCCACGAUGAAGAAUGCUCGUCGUCUCUCACCGGGACAGACAAUGGCGGAAAUUGUGAUAACAUCAUUGGCGCUAGUAGUAGACCUCACAGCAGUACGAGCGCGGAACUCGAGAAUAGCAUCAGCGCGCUAACCAUUCAACCGCAGAUUGUUCAACCAUCUGUGCCUAUUAGAACUAAAGAAACACGGUGUGUGCUUUAAAGGCUAUACCCAUCAAUUCCUAAUCAGCCAUCAGAAGCAAGCGCGCACUUCAUGUGCGAAUUAGCGAAAACCGUAUUAUCGAAGGCCGGUGGCUCCAGCUCAACGUCAUUAUUCACUCAACCAUCCACCAGUCAAAAUCAUCAUGGUCCGCAUAGAGCGCUUCACAUGUGCGCCUUUCAGCUUGGGUUGUACGCCCUUGGUCUUCAUAAUUGCGUCAGUCCGAAUUGGCUCAGUCGUACGUACUCCAGCCACGUGUCUUGGAUAACCGGCCAGGCAAUGGAAAUCGGAGCUCCAGCCAUCUGGUUUCUUAUUGACACUUGGGAAGGUCACUUGACGCCACCGGAGGCCGUCAGUAUAGCCGACAAAUCCUCGAGGGGCAGUGAUCCGAAUAUGGUCAGAGCGGCGGCCGAGCUUGCUUUGUCCUGCCUGCCGCACGCGCACGCGCUCAAUCCUAAUGAAAUCCAGAGAGCUAUAUCGCAAUGUAAGGAACAGAGCGAAGCCAUGUUGGAAAAAGCUUGUAUUACAGUUGAAAACACCGCGAAGGGUGGCGGUGUUUAUCCAGAAGUGCUCUUCCAGGUGGCAAAGUAUUGGUACGAGUUAUAUCUUCGGCAAACUCCUGGUGCAGAUCAACAGGAUGAGAUUCCUCACGAUCCUUUGCAAUUGGAUCUUAAUGGAGUGCUAUUAGUCGAACCGGGACCUUCCGUAGACCUGUCGAAUACGCAGAUGAUGCCUGGGCCGACGCAGACGGUCGUUGUUACCAGCACGCAACCACCUCCUCAGCCCUACACUCAUCCAACGAUUACGACCCUGGCGCCUUUAGGAGUCGGCAUGCCGUACGCCGUGGGCCCGUACAGUUUUGUACAUCCUCAUCAUUCCAUCGCAACGUUUAGCGGUCCGAUGCCCUCGCACAGAGUCACUUUACCGCCCGCACCGCACAUGCAAAUGUAUCACCCAUUUCCACAUCACCCCGGACACCCUCAACAUCCGCCUCAUCCGCAUCACUCGUCUCCAGUCGCGCCACCUCCCCCAGGACCAUAUUACACGCCGCCACCGACGCCAGGAACUCGACACUUGUAUACGAUGCAACAGCCGAUGCCGGUUCAAGCAGGAGUAGCAGGUCCUCUUCCCGGACAAAAUAAUAUGCCUGGACCUACACUGGUCCAGACACAACCUAUAAUAUCGACUGUGAGAGCUCAACCUCAGGUUCAUAGACAAAGUCAGACAUUUAGUCAACAGCAAUUGCGAACUCUCGUUUCUGCAUAUCGCGUGGGUAUGCUAGCGUUGGAAACUCUGGCUCGCAGAGUGCACGACGAUCGGCCUCAAGCCAAGUAUGCGCGGAAUCCGCCCUACGGAGAGGAUGUUAAAUUUUUGCUCAGAGUUGCGAAGCGGCUUGGCACGCAGUACAUACAUCAGCUCUGCAUCUGUGCUGUGAACAGCAUCGUCAGUCCCUUUGUCCUUCAUCAUGUUGCUCUGGAAGGGGCUCAGUAUCUUGCAAGAAACAAUCCGGCACUCAUUGUGCAACACCUGAGAUCUGCCUUGUUGGCUCCGCUGGUACACAAGUGCCAACAGAUGUACAUUCAGUGUAUGCAUCAAAAGCUGUAUCACUUAACAGCUGGCGAUUACGAGGAAUUUGCCAGUAUUGUUUGCGCUGCGAGAGCUGCCUUCCAAAUCAAUCCAGAAGGAAACGCUCAUUUCAAGGAGUGGCUGCAGUCGAUUAAAAGAUCUCAGUCUUGUAAUAAAGAUCUGUGGGCACAGAUCAAUGCGGCGUUACAACAGACCGGCAAAUGACACAGAGCGGAGCCAGGCGUGACGUGGCUCACCUCCCUACCCCAUCAUCCUCAACCACCCCCGCCGCCUCCACCACCGACAACGACAACUCUCGUACUACAGCAUCAACAUCCCUGUCACCCCCAUCCACAGAGCGUCGUAUGCGUUCACGGGCUGGCUGCAGUCAACAAGCUCGCUUGGGACAAGAUCUCCAUACCAUGCAUCAUUGAGGAGCCGGCGGUGCAUCAGCUACCGCCGCCGCCGCCGCCGCCGCCGCCUCAUCAACACCAGAUGAUUGCCGGUCUACCGGGACCGUCCGUGUGGCAGGAUCCGACCGACAGCCGUGGCACUCAGGGGAUCAAUACCAGAGAUGAGCGAGAUUUAUCUCAAGUUUAGUUAAUGUAUCUAGAAUCGCGUGAGUACUUUAUAGUUGAUAAUGAUCAAGAUGUUGAUGAGGACGCAUGAGUUACGUUAGGUUAAGUAUAAGUGAGAGUGGACAAGCUUAGUAUAUAAAUUUGUACAUUAAGUUUUACAUACAUACAUUUCUAUUUGCAUAGUAAGAUCUAACGUAAAGCAUUGAGUGCACUGAUCUAUAGACGCAUCUUCUGCAUGAAGUGAUAUGUGUAUAUUGUAUCAAUCAAAAUUCACGUUCUGAUUUUGAGUCAUAUCGGGUGCGUGAGCGAGUCAUAGAGUACGCGAAGCAUUUCUUCAGAUUAAAUUUAGUUACCCAUGAGACAAUGAAUAAGCUUUACUGAUAUAUAUGUAAUAUAUAUAUCAAGUAAUAUAUAUAUAUAUAGUUUUUUUUUUAUUUGGACGAGAAUGCAGUAAGCGAUUAUUAUCAUCGAUUUUUUUUUAAAUAUAUAUAUUAUAUUAUAUAUAUUUUAGGUAUUUGGAAACGUUAUAAUUUGAAUCUAUAAGAGAAAAAUAUUGCUCUCGUUUUGAUUUUGUUUAUUACGGUGCCUGCAUGCACAACUCUUCAUAUCUAUUAAAUCAAUACGAUAAAUAGGAUAUAAUUUUAUACAAUUUAUCUACUGAAACGUCAUACAGUGGUUCCCAAUUAUAAGAACACUCUUCGGUCGAUCUAACAGGAAUGUUAACUUGUACAUCUUUAGAAACUGUCUCUUAAAUUUUGCUGACGGUUGGACCUGAAAAGUGGAACAACUAUGAUGAAAAACGAACGAGAUUAUGAAAGGAGCUGGCAUUAGAUAAAACAGUUUGUUUGCCAAGAGCGAACUCAGAGCCGUUAUGAAGGGCGUCUGACAAGCCAUCGUCCUACAAUCUGUUAUAAAGUUUGAUUUCCAUUUCCUCCUCGGUGAUUUGCCCCCUGAACUUUGUGACGUCGGUGUGCAUAAAUUCUUCAGCAUCGGUAUUCUUUGAUGGGAAUUCUUCAGCAUCGGCAUUCUUUCUCUGCCGGACCCAGUUCCGGCGACCCAGUUCCCUUCCGAUUGAUAGAAGUGGAAUAUAUAUAUCUUCCAGAAUAUUUUCAGAGCGUGACAGGGCGCGGAGUGCUAUUAGAAAUAGAAACUCACCCGAGUGAUUUCCUUUUUCUAAUAGCACCCCCGCGUCCUGUCACGCUGUGAAAAUAUUCUGGAUAUUCUGGAUAUUCCAUGUGAAAAGUUAAAAGAUUUGUCUGUAUGAAAUUCUUCAAUAGCAUCAACUAAUUCGAUUGUAAGUGUAUUAUUAUAAAUUAAUAUUUUCAAUAAUAGUUUAUCAAUUUUUUCUAAUUAAAUUAGUCUAAUUAAACUGCAAUUUGAAGGAUGACUUUAAAUUAUUCUAUUGUUUACAAAGGCGGCAUUUUUCACGAAAAUACAGGUCUAACAUCUUUAUAAAUUAAUGCAACCAUACUUCUGAUUGCUUCGAAAUCUUAAUACCUUUUUUUUUCAUCCAUCAGGUGAUCCAAAAUUUUCUAUAUAAUAUUUUCUAUAAUAUUACAUAUAUAUUAUAGAAAAAUACAUAUAUAUACAAAUUUAUGCACAUUUAAUUUAAAUAUAUAUGUUUUAUGUACUACUGUAUGACGUUUCGAUAAAAUGAGAUAAAUCAUAUAAAGUUAUAUCCUAUUUAUUGUACUGAUUUAAUAAAUAUGAAGAGCAUGUAGAUACGGUAAUAUAAUUUCAAUCGAAACAGAUUAUUUUGUUGGAGGAUAUGUAUUGCAUAAUGAUGAUUGGUUCUUCUUCUUAAGGGGUCAAUGAUAUAAACACAUUCUCAUCUACAGAAACAAUUGCAUAAAAAAUUAAACAGAUAUCGCAGCAAUGGCCAUAAUUUAAUAUUCAUAUUACGGCUUUAUAUAAA